AUGGGAGCAUUGAGGAACGGAUUACUAAUAAAAAUCUCAAAGCCCAACUCUUCCAGGCAUAGGAAACAUGGAUUCCAAUAUAAAGGAAUUUGCAGAGGAGACUUAUGUUCCCACUUAUGCACCAUCUCUUCCAGUUCCAAAUGUUCAAGAAAUGAUGAGGUCUGACCCUUUUCAGAUUCCUGAAAGAUAUGCAAGGAAACAUGAAGACAUGCAGAAUGACACAGUUCAGCCUCAUCUUUCCUUCGAGAUUCCAGUCCUUGAUUUAUCAUUGCUGUCAAAAGGAGACGCAGAGGAGCUUAAGAGGCUGGAUCUUGCAUGCAAAGACUGGGGCUUCUUUCAGGUGAUAAAUCACGGAGUAGCAAGCGAAGUGCUGCAGAAUACAAAGGACGUCACAGCUGAGUUUUUUUAUCUUCCACUAGAAGAGAAGAACAGGUAUUCAAUGCCAUCGGAUGACAUACAAGGUUACGGACAUGCUUAUGUGGUUUCUGAAGAGCAGACACUCGACUGGUCCGAUGCACUUAUUCUCGUCGUUUAUCCAACCCAAUAUCGUAAGCUACAACUUUGGCCAAACCAACCCAAGGGAAUCAGGGAAGCCAUUGAAAUGUACUCGAGUGAAGUCAGAAGAAUCGCGGUGGAGCUCCUAGGUUCGCUGUCUCUGAUUAUGGGGACAGAAAAGGAUGCUCUGCUUGGUCUGCACAAAGAGUUGGUACAAGGUUUGCGUGUAAACUACUAUCCUCCCUGCCACACUCCUGACAAAGUACUAGGUUUAAGUCCACACUCGGACUCAAGCACCAUAACCAUACUCAUGCAAAAGGAUGAUGUAUGCGGGUUACAAGUUAGACAUGGAGGAGCAUGGGUGCCCCUCAAGCCCAUCCCCAAUGCUCUUGUUGUGAAUGUUGGAGAUGCUAUUGAGAUAUGGAGCAAUGGGAAGUACAAAAGCAUUGAGCACAGGGCAGUGACAAACGAGAGCAAGGCAAGGAUAUCUUAUGCAGCAUUUGUCUGCCCACACGAUGAUGUAGAAAUUGAGCCAUUAGGGUAUGUGUCAGAUGCCGCAAAGUCCAGUAAGAUGUACAAGAAAGUCAGGUUUGGAGAUUAUCUGAGGCAAUCCAUGAAGAGGAAAAUGGAUGGAAAGGCCCACACUGACUUCGCAAAACUGGAAACAAUCGAGUAUAGGGCAAAUUGAAAGAUUGACAAUUUCACAUACUCUGUUUUUAUGUAACGUUAUUUCUUGCAUUUCUCUUCUCCACCAUGGCUUUUACAUACUUCGUACAGUGAAAGACAACCAUAUAAAUUUAUAGGAGAUGAUUGAACUCAAUGUGUAUACUGUUCAUUGCAAAAACGGUAUAUUAUGAGCAAAGUAUCAAUCCAAAUCAGAAGGAAAGACAAAAGUUCGAAAAACACUAGAUUCUACAGCACAUUUAACUCAUUAAGGCUACCAAACUUCAGACUUUAAUAUCAAACAAAGGCAAAA